UGCUCGCGGAGCCGCUGCGGAGGGCAUCGUGCCGCCUGCUCGUUCGUACUCGCUCGUGGGCCCGCGCACCGCCCACCUGAGCAGAGGGCAGGGCUGCGGAGUAGCGGAGCUGCACGCUGCCGUCGGCCGGGAAGGAGAGGCAGCUAGUCCAGCUCCGACAUGGGGAGCUGGCGAAGUUGACAAGCCCCCAACCCACGCUGCACCCCUCUCGCCCAGAGGUGCGCUGCCCCCUCCAGUAGGUGUCCGCACCUGGCCCUGCCCCAGGGGCUGCAGCCAGUGGUCUGUCGCGCGUGCUUGCUUGCCAACGGAGGCGCCCCGGAGAGGAGAUACGGAGCGGAGUUGUUUCCCCAGGGGAGACCUGCAGCCCAGCCGCGGGGUCUGGACGGUCUGGAUGCGCAGGACCCAGACCCGCAGCCGCUGACGCUCGGCGGCGGCGAAGUUUGGCGGCCGAGCGGCGCGGCGCGGGGCCAGUGGGCAGCGGGCUGCCCCGCGGCCGCGGCGGCGGGAGCGAUGCCCGUGGGGGGCCUGUUGCCGCUCUUCAGUAGCCCAGCGGGCGGCGGCCUGGGCGGCGGCCUGGGCGGGGGUCUCGGCGGCGGCGGCGGCAGGAAGGGGUCCGGCCCCGCUGCCUUCCGCCUGACGGAGAAGUUCGUGCUGCUGUUGGUGUUCAGCGCUUUCAUCACGCUCUGCUUCGGGGCGAUCUUCUUCCUGCCCGACUCCUCCAAGCUGCUCAGCGGGGUCCUGUUCCACUCCAGCCCCGCCCUGCAGCCGGCCGCGGACCACAAGCCCGGUCCCGGGUCGCGCGCCGAGGAUGCGGCCGAGGGGCGAGCCCGGCGCCGCGAGGAGGGCGCGCCCGGAGACCCGGCGGCCGCCCUGGAGGACAACUUGGCCAGGAUCCGCGAAAACCACGAGCGGGCUCUCAGGGAAGCCAAGGAGACGCUGCAGAAGCUGCCCGAGGAGAUCCAAAGAGACAUCCUGCUGGAGAAGGAGAAGGUGGCCCAGGACCAGCAGCGUGACAAGGCGGCGUCCAGGGGACUGCCCCAGGUGAACUUCGUGCCCCCCAUCGGGGCAGAGGGCCGGGAACCCGCAGACCCCACCAUCCGCGAUAAGAGGGCGAAGAUCAAAGAGAUGAUGAAACAUGCUUGGUAUAAUUAUAAACGUUACGCUUGGGGAUUAAAUGAACUGAAACCUAUAUCAAAAGAAGGCCAUUCAAGCAGUUUGUUUGGUAACAUCAAAGGAGCAACAAUAGUUGAUGCCUUGGAUACACUCUUUAUUAUGGGAAUGAAAGAUGAAUUUCAAGAGGCAAAAUCGUGGAUUGAAAAAAAUUUAGAUUUUAAUGUGAAUGCUGCAAUUUCUGUCUUCGAAGUAAAUAUACGCUUUGUUGGUGGACUACUCUCAGCCUACUAUCUGUCUGGAGAAGAGAUAUUUCGAAAGAAAGCAGUGGAACUUGGGGUAAAAUUGCUACCUGCAUUUCAUACUCCCUCUGGAAUACCUUGGGCAUUGCUGAAUAUGAAAAGUGGGAUUGGAAGUAACUGGCCCUGGGCCUCAGGAGGCAGCAGUAUUCUGGCAGAAUUUGGAACCCUGCAUUUAGAGUUUAUGCACUUGAGCUACUUAUCAGGAAACCCCAUUUUUGCUGAGAAGGUAAUGAAUAUUCGAACAGUCCUGAACAAUCUGGAAAAACCACAAGGCCUUUAUCCUAACUAUCUGAAUCCCAGUAGUGGACAGUGGGGUCAACAUCAUGUGUCAGUUGGAGGACUAGGAGACAGCUUUUAUGAAUAUUUGCUGAAGGCAUGGUUAAUGUCUGACAAGACAGAUCUAGAAGCUAAGAAGAUGUAUUUUGAUGCUGUUCAGGCAAUUGAGACUCACUUGAUCCGCAAGUCUAGCGGGGGACUGACUUACAUCGCUGAGUGGAAAGGAGGCCUCCUGGAGCACAAGAUGGGCCACCUGACCUGCUUUGCAGGAGGCAUGUUUGCACUUGGUGCUGACGGAGCUCCUGCAGGCCUGGCCCAGCAUUAUCUUGAACUGGGGGCUGAAAUUGCCCGUACCUGUCAUGAAUCUUACAAUCGCACAUAUGUGAAACUAGGACCAGAAGCUUUCAGAUUUGAUGGUGGUGUUGAAGCCAUUGCUACAAGGCAAAAUGAAAAAUACUACAUCCUACGACCAGAAGUUGUUGAGACUUACAUGUACAUGUGGCGACUGACUCAUGAUCCAAAGUACAGGAAGUGGGCCUGGGAAGCUGUUGAGGCCCUGGAAAAUUACUGCAAAGUGAAUGGAGGCUAUUCAGGCCUACGGGAUGUUUACGUCAGACAUGAGAGUUACGAUGAUGUGCAACAGAGUUUCUUCCUGGCAGAGACACUAAAGUAUUUGUACUUAAUAUUUUCUGAUGACGAUCUUCUUCCACUGGAACAUUGGGUCUUUAAUACCGAGGCACAUCUUCUCCCUGUACUCCAUACGGAUAAAAAGGCACUUGAGGUCAAAGAACAAUAAAAAGACGUUUUAUAUUUUACUCUGCUCCAUUCCCUUCACUGCAUACCUUAAUAAUUCCUUUUCUGGUAUUCAGGCACAUGACAAAUUUUUAUUAAUAGAGCUGUGAUUAUUCUAAGUUUUAUAUUUGUUUUGCAGUCUUUUAUGUUUAUUAUCAUAAGCAUCACCCGUUGCUGUCAAGUUGAUUCCAACUCAUAGCCACCCUAUAGGACAGAGUAGAACUGCCCCAUAGUGUUUUCAAGGAACAGAUGAUGUAUUCAAACUGCCGUCCUUUUGGUUAGCAGCCAAGCUCUUAACCACUGUGCCACCAGGGCUCCAAUUGUAAGCAUAGAUGGACCUAAAUUUCUGAUUGUAUCCUUUAUUAUUCCACCAGUGGAGCCACAGGGUUUUUCUUUUUUACAUAAUCUAUUAUCGCUGGAGUUCACGAAGUCAUAGUAUAAUUUUUAUUAAACUGAAUAGGAUGGUAUACCAAUGAUUUCUUAAUUACAAUUUUGAUUUGACUGCAAAACUUCUUCCUCCUCUAUGAGGAGAUGAUGUCUGCUUUAAGCUGUAAUGUUUUGCCAUGUUGCAAAAAGCCAUAAUAAUAAAUUAAGUAUUAAACAAGCUUUUUUCUUUUCAACUUCAUGUUAAGCUGGUUUGUCUACCCACCAGAGACAGAUCUUAUAACUGUGACAGCCUCCUUCUUAUGCGGGUCUAUCAUUAUUUGAUAGAGUAUCUUCUAAAAUCUUCACUAACAUUGUAAUUCAAAUUAGGAAGUCAUACAAAAAUGAUCAUCUCAUGUUGACCUCAUUUCAUUGGAACUGAAGUAUAUUUUUGUUGAUUAAUUAUAUUAGUGCUUCCUAAUUUGUGAAUUUGUUCUCAGAUUUUACUUUAAAUGUCCUGUGUCAUUUCUGGAUCAUGUAUUGGUUAAUUUCUUCCGUUUCCUACUACACAAUGGAACGCAAAAGUUUUACAGAGCUCUGCUACCACUGAAUUGUAUUUUUAAAAGGGAAAAAAUAUAACUUUUCGUGUGUUCGCUCUUGCUUUUAACUGAGUAUAUGAAGCAAUUGGGUCUCUCUAAAGAGAGGGUAUUUCAAAUGGUUUUUAGUCUAUUUGUUUGCAUUUUAUCUUAAUUUUUUUUUUUUUUGAGAAAAAGAGAGUAUUCCAUUUGAUUCAGGUUCGAAAAGGACCCUUUCUCAAAUGCAGUCAAUUAUUUCAUUUUAAUUUAGAAAGCAAGAUUUGACUUUGUGAAAGAAGCUUUGCCAAUUUGUCUAUUCAUGGUCAUUUGAGGAAAAUCUAACACACUUUUAGGCCAAAUAAGAAUAUAGUACAUUUAGUGUGGUAAAACUCAACAUAGAGAUAGAUCCCAGCUUAGAAGCAACAUGUAGGUAUGCCUACUCCCAACCCCCACAGUCCUGCAGCAGAUCAAAAUAAUAUGAUUCUUCAAAACAUUAAGUUUUGAUAUAUUAACUGUUUUCCCAAGAAUAGAUUGGUUACACCUUGUGUUUUCUAUCACAUUGGUUCAUAUUUUAUAUAUAUUUCCAUGAAAGGGCUAAUACAAUGAUGCAUACUGAGGUACUUGUAGACUUUGAACCACCAAAAUUUUCAACCUGUAGUGGUCAAACAGAUCAGUGCAACCCCAUAGAUUAGACAGAACCACAUGAAAUUGCCAUAUUUGUAGUUCAUAAACUGUCAGAUAACAGCAAUUUUGUAUAAUUCAGCCUAAUAUUUUUUAAAGACAGUGAUAGUUUUCUUAGGUCUCAAUCGACUUAAUUGUUUCUGCUGUAAAGUGUUGUAAAAGAUUGCCUUUGUCUGAAAGGACCAACUUGUGUGAGCUGCUUUUUUUUUUUCCCCCAGUAUUGUACAUGCGGUAUAUCUCAAAGAAUAAGUUAAUAAAAUUAGUAAAUGAAAGUAUCCUUCAGUACAUCAUGAUUGCCUUGUUAAUGUUUUUGUGACCCCGGAUAACUUCUCCCACCCGUAUUUUCUGCUCACCUAAUGAAAUAAAUGGCUAGUGACAGUCCUUUUUACCCAGGACUUAAAGGAAAGUAUAAAAAAUUAUUGCCAAAAUUGGACCAUAUGUAUUUAGGUUAUAAUUUUCAUAUAGACAUCCUUUGACUAGCAACUUAAAGUAAUUAUUUUCUUUGCUUUUCAAUUUGAUUUAAAAGAGCACAAAGCUGGUAUAUAUUUCUGCAGUAGAUGAGAGUAUUAAAAUCAGGUUGUAUGUCCACACUGCACUAUAAUUACCAUUUAUAUCCUGGUGUAAGUAAACAAGAAGAUUGUACUACACAUUGUUCUGCCAAUGGUAAGAACAAAGUUUUUUUUUAAAUUCUAAAACUUGGAUUUUUUUAUAUAAUUCCAAAAACACCAAAAAUGUAAACAAGAGAUCAAUGGUGAUAUCCUGUGUCAUUUCUGGAUCAUGUAUUGGUUAAUUUCUUCCAUUUUCUACUAGACAGUGGAACGCAAAAGUUUUGCAGAGCUCUGCUACCACUGAAUUGUAUUUUUAAAAGGGAAAAAAUAUAACGUUUAUGUAUGGUGAUAUAAUUAGUUAUAUUUUGUGUUAAUUAUUUUAAACAAAUGAAGUUGUUAGGUAGAUAUUAUCUUUUGUUCAUUUCCAGCAAAAUUGUGCAGUUAAGUUUACAAAUAUAUUCACACCCUAAAGGGUGAAUAAUUAAAAUAGCACUUAAUUUUGUGUUUAUGCAAUAUGUUUUUGAUAUACUUUGUGCAAUUAAUAUUACAUAUACAGGUAGUAUGGCAAUUUACAGAACCCAGUGAUGUUUGUCAUAACUUCUUCAUGUGUAUUACCCAUUCUUUACAUUGAUUGUUUUUGAUUUGUACAUAAAUCCAUUCUGUCAUUUCCAACUUUGUAUAAAUCUCUAAUGUUAUGGGAUACAUAAUAGAUUGACACAUAAUUUUUAAAAGCUAUAUUUGUAAAAUUUCUCUAUCGUGAAUAAAGCCUUAAGCCUUUUAAUAUA